CACCAACCUGCCAGAAAACUACUUUUGCAAAUACUACAUGUACCAUGCCAUGAGCUGGCCGCAACUCAGCUACGUCGCCGUCGAUGUAUCGCGCCCGCAAAAGACACCCUACGACCCACCCAAGAUCGUCGGCUACGUUCUCGCAAAGAUGGAAGAGGAGCCCAGUGAUGGUGUUCCUCACGGUCACAUUACCUCUCUCAGUGUCAUGCGCACGCACAGAAGACUAGGUCUUGCCGAGAAGCUGAUGAGACAAAGUCAACGAGCAAUGGCAGAGACCUACGGUGCCAAAUACGUCUCAUUACACGUCCGCGUUUCCAACAAGGCAGCACUCGCCCUCUACCGCGACACCCUCGGCUUCAAGGUCGACGGCACGGAAGCCAAGUACUACGCCGACGGUGAAGACGCUUUCGGCAUGAAGAUGAUCCUCGACCACUUGAAGCCCAAGCCUAGCGACUGGGACGACGAGACUUUCAGAGAAGAGGAGGAAAGCAGUGCUGGUGCUGCAGAUGAAGGUGACGAUGUAGGCAGCUUGGGGAAGAACAACAACAACAAGGAGGAGCAAGAGUUGUUGAAGAAGGUCAAGGUCGGUCGUCAAUUGGGUGUUGGCGAGCUGGUCGAGAAGAACGAGUCUGCGGCUUAGAUGACCUGGAUGAAGUCACGACGCUUUGACAUGGUUGGAAAAGAAUAAUCACAAAAAGUUUCCUUUGCCUGUUUUUUGGGCUGGUUCCAACUAUCUUUGCCUGAGUUCGCUACCGGAUGCUUAUGCUUGUUUCUCUCGGACGAGAUGCUGAGGAAGCUGUGUGGUAUAGUGAACAAGUACGACUAAGACCCACUGAAGCAGACCGCCGGCAACAUUACAGCGCCUGGAUACAUUUCACAGAAGGAGCCUUUGAUUAUCAUCAGUCACCUUCAUUUGAUUAAGCAAAAUUCAACUAUAGGAUAUCACUUUCUACGCCACAUCUACUGCCCCAGUGUCCCUGGGAGAUUGAUAAUGCGAUCACGAUAACGACUCGAUACAGGCAAACGAAACCGACACACCAGAUCUUACCAACCAGACCAGCUCCCGAGCCAAGCAGAGCAGAAGAUCAGAAAGUAGACACCAAAAGCAAACAAGGACUGC